GUCAGGGUGGCUGUCAGCUAAUAGACGGGAUGCCGUGCGCCGUGUAGCCCUGUCCUACCCAGUCCUACUCCAACUCGACAUUUGCAUUUGCAGUUUUUUUUUUUGCACAGAGCGGCUUGUCUGAGCUGCUGUUUGAUACUACACGAUGGAGCACCGCAUGAGACGAGCCGAGGGAUUACUCACUUGAUAAACAGGAUGUCAGCGGAGACCAAGGAGAGAAGUGGAACAAAAGAUACUUGUUGUUAUUCGCGCUGGCACCCGUCAGAGUGGACUGAAUUAACCAGCCCCGGCAGCUAAAUUAGCUAACGCUACUAGCUAACGUUCUUAACUAGCUGUUUGCUAGCUAACGUCAGAGGAUUGAUGAUAUCAAAUAAUUUUAAUGGAAAGUGAUGCAUGAUCAAAUCGCAGCCAAAAGUAGCCACCGUUAGCUAGUUCACCGGGUCAUGUUUACGUUUGGGACUGGGUUGUCUAGUUAAGAAAGCUAGCUAGCUCGCCUCGCUACCGACUAACAGUUAAGCCGGUCGUUAGCUACUAGUUAGCGAGUAAAACGUUUGUCAAGUUAGCGAGCUGUUGCUCCUUGCGUUGUUGUUGUGUUAGUACCAGUACUGUACUGAAAUUAGGACAAGUGUCUCUAAAUUAAACCUGCGCACCAAUUGGAUGAAUUCUAAUGUGAUUUUUGAGGCACAGGCACAAUCUAAAUAACGCCUUUAACUUCUGAUGCUGGGCGGUAGGAUGUUUACUAAGUUAGCUGGCUGACGUCGUGUCGUUUGGAUGAGUAAUACAUCUUUAGGGAUUUUUUGUGACACUUUGGAUAGAGACUUUAUGAAGCGGACUCAGUUGACUGGUUUCCAUUCCGAGCAUCAUCAGCCCUGUCUUGUUCGCUGAGACGGUUUUUGACGUUCAUUCGCUAUGGCAGCCGUGGUGAACUACUCUCCACCAUGGUGGGUGAACCUCCUGCACAGACUUCCUCAUUUCAACCUUCAGUUCGAGCAGACGAGCAGUGAUUUCCGACCUGAGAACUGGACAUAUCAACAGUCCAUCCUGUUGCUGGGAGGCGUGGCGCUUGCCUGUCUGGCCCUGGACCUUCUGUUUCUGCUCUUCUACUCCUUCUGGCUGUGCUGCCGGCGGAAUAAAAACGAGGAGCAGCCCAACGCCGACUGCUGCUGCACGGCCUGGUGUGUCAUCAUCGCCACGCUUGUCUGCAGCGCUGGCAUAGCUGUUGGUUUCUAUGGGAACGGCGAGACUUGUGAUGGAGUGAACCGGCUGACGUACUCUCUGCGCCAUGCGAACCGCACAAUCACAGGAGUGCAGAAGCUGGUAUAUGACAGCACGUCCUCCUUGAACAACACAGUGGACAAGAAUCUGCAACAGCUUGAGGGUCAGUAUGCAAAGCACACAGACUUCUUGUCCAUCAUCCAGAAGCUGCAGGGCCAGCUGGGCGAGCUGGUCAGACAGAUGGCGGAGAUUCCCUUCUGGGACAAAGCUAACAUUUCCCUGGAGGACCUGGCUGUCAAGAUUGAGCUCUAUGACUGGUACAGGUGGCUGGGUUACUUAGCCCUGCUACUGUUCGAUGUCCUCAUCUGCCUUCUGGUGCUGUUUGGCCUCAUUCGGAACUCCAAGGGAACACUCAUAGGAGUGUGCUUGUUUGGCGUAUUGACUCUUGUAAUAAGCUGGGCCUCCCUGGGGCUGGAGUUGGCAGUCUCUGUGACUGCCAGUGACUUCUGUGUUGCUCCUGACAUGUAUGUGACCAAAGUGGCAGACCAGUAUGGAGUCAUCAAUCAGGAUAUCCUGCAGUACUAUCUGAGAUGCAGUUUGGAUCAAACCAACCCCUUCCAGCAGAAGCUUUCCGGGAGCCACAAAGCAUUAGUGGAGAUGCAGGACGACGUGUCUGAACUACUGCGCUCUGCCACUAGAGAAUAUGCACAAACUAAGGGGAAUCUGGAACAGAUCCAGGGGGUUCUGAACACUACAGAGAUCAGCCUGCAUCAACUCACUGCCCUGGUGGACUGCCGCAGCCUGCACAUGGACUACGUCCAGGCCAUGACGGGACUGUGUUAUGAUGGACUGGAGGGCCUCAUCUACCUGGUGCUCUUCUCCUUUGUCACUGCUCUCAUGUUCAGCUCCAUUGUCUGCAGUGUGCCCCACACCUGGCAGGGCAAGAGAUGCGAGGAGGACAGUGAGGAUGAGUUGCUGAGCCACGGAGGCAGGCAGAACCACGAUAACCUCUACAGGGUCCACAUGCCCAGCCUGUACAGCUGUGGCAGCAGCUAUGGCAGCGAGACCAGCAUCCCCGCUGCAGCCCACACCGUCAGCAACGCACCUGUCACAGAGUACAUGGCUCAGAAUGCCAACUUCCCAAACCCACGCUGUGAAAACACGCCACUGAUAGGACGAGAGUCUCCUCCCCCCUCGUACACCUCGAGCAUGCGAGCCAAGUACCUGGCCAACAGCCGACCAGAGACCAACACCCCUCCGGCACAAUAGGAAACACUGGAUUGUCCUCUCUUGAGCAUCGACCGGUCUGAAGCCACUUAACCGCAGGAGUCUCCUCCCCAGUGAUAAUUCAUCUUGUCCUUUAGACGUUUUUCCAGGCAUCCACCAUGCACUCUGCUUCCCACUCUGCUACCGGCUCACUCCCUCAGCUUAAGAUGGAAAACCAAAUAUGUUUUUGAUUUUUUUUUUUCUGGGUGGCUGAGUCACGGCCAAAUGACCCCCUAGAGUCCAUCAAAUCUCAUCCUGAGCAGUGUCAGCAUAUAUGUCUUUUUAUCAUUGCCAGAUUCUUCUUGGGCCUCCCACAGAUUUACAGUUGUUUUACAGUGUCCAGGCUGAUGUUUACCACGACAAAAAUCAUUCCUGGUGCUUGUAAUUCACUGAAGGACUCAAGAAUCAUAUACUGUUAUGUUCUAACUCUGGUAUGUGAGGGAGCCUGGACUGAGUUUCAGACCAUUUUUGUGUCAUUUCGUGAUGUUGUUUUUAUUUUUAACAUCAAUGCAUCGUGGCAUUUAAAAUAUCACAUCUAACCAAGGCAUUGCUGUGAGGACUCUGGAAGUGCUCAUACGCUAACAUGGAUACUACUGGUUGUUUUUGUUUUGUUUUGUUUUUUUAAUGUUUUUGUACAAAGCUGUACUGCACUCUCUCUCUCAUUGCUGUAGGAGAGCAAGAGAAAUGCCUUAUACAUAAGUAUAUAAGAAAUCCCUUGACCCCACCUCCCCAACCACACGUACAAUGUAGACAUAAUUUCUCACGGAUCACAGUUGGUGGGGUUCAGUCCAUAAUGUGAAUCUCAAGGAAGACGGCUUGUCCAGUCUGUCUAAAUGGCGUUCAUUUUUUUUCGACACCGCAACAUCUCAGCUCCUUCCAUCAGAGGGACUUGGAACCCAAAUCUGCUACAUUAAUCUUAAACAUGAGAAUUUGGGUCACUAUCCAGAAAAUGUUGACAUAUCAUUACAUGCGCACAGCAAGUUUAGGCUACUUUGACAUUGGCUCGUCAUUCCAUUUUGUCUUAAAUCUGACUGUGUCUGGGACCAGCAAUCCUGCAUUAUUGCACAUGUUUUACUGAUCUGUUAUUGAUCUUUUGUCAACUUUGGGUACAAGUUCUUAUUUCCUGUGGCUUUUUUUUUUUUAUUUUUUUUUAUUUACAAUGAACUGAUAAGCCGCUGUUCCACAUCAGUGACUGCAACAGUUUGAACUGAAGUGUGCUGUGAAGCUGUGAACUCGGAACAACAUUGUGGCGCACGCUCUGGGACGAUUUUGAUAUGGACAAAGACGAGCUGCAUGACGGGAUUGCAUUUGUUUGACGGACAACAAAUCUCUCAGCAGGACAAGAGUUUUCACCAGAACAAACGAGACCGCACUGAGGUUGUCACAGAGGAGAAGUUUUUAUACUACUGAAAGCACGAAGUUUUCUACAGCCCACUGAAGACAACAGUGAAGCACAGAAGGACAGAGGAGUCCAUUUAUGUUGUCAUCUGCAAAUUUAUAGACUUUCUCUAAGCUCAUUUACAAUGUCCUCUCUGCCAGAUCUCUUGUUGUCGUGCCCAUGUUCCUGUUUAUAAAGUGGUCACUGUAUUCGUUUGCCAGCCUCGUGUCUCUCCGCAGGAUUGGGAAGCGUCCACACCCUCUGAGACGCUGCCUGGCUUUGAACUUCUCCGCUGAAUCCAAUGAUUUAGCACGAGAAAUACUCCCACUAAAUGUCCCUGUGUGGGCCGCUUACAUCAGACGUCUUCAAGUAGGUUUGAUUUGUUAUUCAAAAUUAUGCAUGUCACAACUUCAAGGAGAAAUUCAAAGAGAAACUUUAUGCAUUGGCAGUGAUGUUUCACAAAUGUGUUUUAGCAUUUAGAUUUAAAAAAAAAAAAAAAAAAUCCAGAGGAUGCUUUCUUAGUAGCAUUCUCUUUUGCCACUCCUCCCUUCCUAGAGUGCCACCUAAUCUUGGAGGCUGUUGUUGGGCUUAUUUCCCUCCUGAAGCAUGACGAUCCUUCAAAUGUGGAGUGAAAUGUUUGUACUACUGCUGCUUCAACUUGCUUCUUAGCUGUGCGUUGUGAUCAGUACAAGAGGUGUUUAUUGAGGCGACGAAGCACAACCCCUUUUCCUAUCUUAUCUUUUUAAAUGUCUUUCCUUAGGCCUGUUUGUAAAGUUCACAGCCCUGUUUGAUUGCCCAUGCAAUCACACAAUAAAAUGAGCCUGACUUUUUGAACUGAUACACAUUUAUGCUCUGUAAAACAUUGUUUAUUAUACUGAUGCAAUCUUACUGUUUUUGAGUAGUGGUCAUAUUCUCUUUGUUAAUUGUUAUGCAAGGCUGUUGUACAGAUUAUAAACAUUUGCAAAAUGAAGAAAAAAUGGUGACAUUGACAUUUUCUUUUUAAUUUCAUUUUAAGCAAUAUUAUUUCACUAUUUGUGAUUAUGCUUUUUUUUCCUUUGGUUUGCUUAGUUUUUUUUUUUAUUGCAUUUUAGAAUCUGUAGCAAGCACGAUGUAUUGUUUUAUUCAUGUGAAUAUGGUAAAUAGAAUUCAUUUUGCAUUUGCAUUUGACCUUUGAUUUGUUUUUGUUUUUGUUUUUCAGGAAAAAAAAAGAUCACUGUAGAUUUAAUCUUGUUUUUUUUACAUAUCAUUUUUUGCGAUCACUAAAAUGUGUACAUGUAAAACCUGUGGUUAAAUUGAGCUUGAAUGCUGUGUUUCGAAAUUAAACAGAUCUUAACUGUA